CAUGAAGCAAACCCAACGGCUAUAAUUCCGCUCUCGUCUUCUUUAUCGACAAUUUUACCGGAGAAUUCAAAAACAACCGGAAAAUUCAGUGUUCCUUUCAACCCUGGAUCCUCAUUUUAUCUCAAAAACGCCACUUCUAUCCUAAAAAAGCUGUUUGAAAAUGGAAAAAUAAUUAAUUCUUCGGCUAUUCACUGCCACCUGAAAUUUUUAUUUUUUUUCACAUAUAAGCUCAGUUUCAGACACCCACUUAGCUUUUGAUUCUUCUUCCCUUUUUCUAAGAAUCCAAUUCACCCAGAGUUUUUAAAGAAUUUUACAGCCCAUGUCUCUCUCAUUGGAAGAUUAAUUCUUUGGAGGAGUCUAUAGUUGAUAUAGCUUGAAAAGGUCGUCUUUUUGAGAUAUUUUUUUUUCAUAUUUGUUUUGGAUUUUUCGGGUGAUUAUUUUUCUGGAAUUUUUUCCUAUUCAGUCUUUCGGAUUUUUGAAUUACAAUAAAAGCAAUCUUUCUUAUUGGUGGUUUGUUUUUCUUGAGUAUUGCAUUUUAUAAAUCCAUUUUUCAGGUUCAUGUGACUGGGCUAUUUCCAUUAAAUCUGUAGGCCUCUGACCAAUUUUUGUUAUGUAUUAACCUCUGUCGAAAUUUCCAGAUAGGGGAAGGUAAUAAUUGGAAGUUGUGAUUUCGGUAACCAGAGAGAAAGGGGGUCCUAUAUUAUAAAGAGGGUGGUACAAAUUACAAAUUUAAUUAACAAUGUCUGCUGUUGAUGUUGCUUUGAAUCCCAUUAGCAAAGAGACAUUGCGGUCGUCUGGUUACAUCUAUAGCCGGUCGGCCCUUUGUCCGAGUGAGUCAAUUGUAAUAUACAUCACUGUCUCUGGUUCAUUGCUUCCCAUUCGUGUGAUGGAGUCGGACUCAAUUGCAUCGGUGAAACUGAGGAUUCAGACGUGUCAAGGGUUUGUAGUGAAGAGGCAGAAACUAGUUUUUGGAGGCAGAGAGUUAUCAAGAAAUGAUUCACUUGUUAAGGACUAUGGUGUCACUAAUGGGAAUGUAUUGCACCUAGUCUUGAAACUUUCAGAUCUUCUUUUGAUCAAUGUUUGGACCACCAGUGGGGAAGAAUUUGAAUUUCAUGUUGAUAGGCAUAAGAACAUAGGAUAUCUAAAGCGUAGGAUUGCCAAGAAAGGGAGAGAUUUUGUUAGUCUUGAGGAUCCUGAGCUCUUCUGUAAUGGUGAGAAGCUCGAGGAUCAGAGGCUAAUUGAUGAUAUUAGUAAGAAUGCUGAAGCCGUGAUUCAUUUGGUAGUUCAAAAAUCUGUAAAAUUACGGGUUGAGAAAAACAUUGAACUCUCAAUUGUGGCUACAAACUCAAACCGAAGGAUAGAUGAUGAAGAUGAACUACAGGUUUUAUCUAGUAAGCCACCUGAUAAGAAUUCUCUCUUGGAAGCAAUCAUUGUUAAUCCAAACCUAAAGUUCCCUUCAUUUGUAUGGGAUAUGAUUAACUCGGCAUCUGAUGGAUUGGAAAAAGGAAGACAACCAAUCAGAUCAUCAGAGGGAAUGGGAGGAACUUAUUUCAUGCAAGACGUUACAGGCAACAAGUACAUUGCCAUUUUUAAGCCCACAGACGAGGAGCCAAUGGCUGUGAAUAACCCUCAUGGUCUUCCUUUAUCAGCUAAUGGUGAAGGAUUGAAAAGGGGAACCCGAGUUGGAGAAGGUGCAUUGAGAGAGGUUGCAGCUUACAUAUUAGACCAUCCGAGGACAGGUCCUAGGUCAUUGUCCAGUGGAAAAAUUGGCUUUUCUGGUGUGCCCCCAACAGUAAUGGUCAAAUGCAUGCACAGAGGAUCUAUUAAGAUAGGAUCACUGCAAAUGUUCAAGAAAAAUUUUGGAAGUUGUGAAGAUAUAGGUCCUCAGAAUUUUCCUGUGGAGGAGGUCCAUAAGAUCAGUGUCUUUGAUAUAAGAACAGCAAAUGCAGAUAGACAUGCUGGGAAUAUUCUGUGGAACAAAGAUGGUGGGGAAGAAAGGCGAAUUGUCCUUAUUCCAAUUGAUCAUGGCUACUGCUUGCCUGAGAAUUUUGAAGACUGCACAUUUGAUUGGAUGUACUGGCCGCAAGCCCGCCAGCCUUUUUCCUCGGAAACCAUUGAGUACAUAAAAUCACUUGACGCGGAGCAAGACAUAGCACUUCUCAAGUUACACGGAUGGGACAUUUCACCUGAAUGUGCUCGAAUUCUCCGUGUCUCUACCAUGCUUUUGAAAAAGGGGGUGGAGAAAGGCCUCUCCCCCUUUGCAAUUGGAAGUAUUAUGUGCAGAGAAACAUUGAACAAGAAAUCCGUGAUCGAGGAAAUUGUUGGGGAAGCUGAGGAUUCCAUGCUUCCCGGCAUGAGCGAAAUUGCGUUUCUUGAAUGUAUGUCAAAGAUCAUGGAUAAUGUGUUAGGCAAACUUGUCACAUGAUAUCAGAGAAGACCGAACGAGAUUUAGCAUUUUUGUAACUCGUUAACAUUACUUUCUAGUCCUGGGAGCAGAACGUGCCUACGAGUUCUUCAAGUUUGUGUAUUGUGUAUGUAUAGAAUGAGCAGUCCAUAGGAAUGGACUGAAGAAGUUGGCUUAAAACUCAGUUUUCUUUCUCCUGCCUUCUCCAUUUUAUCAACCAGUUUUACUACUUCUGAAAUAUUUAACAGAAGUCGUAUUAUGAAUAGAACAACUUAUUUUAUUUAAUCA